AUCCCUCUACAGUAAAUCAUUGGAUUCAGGUGUUCCAAUCACCUACAUGGCCACAGAUGUAUAAAAUAAAGCACCUAGGCAUGCAGACUGCUUCUACAAACAUUUGUGAAAGAAUGGGUCGCUCUCAGGAGCUCAGUGAAUUCAAGUGUGGAACCAUGAUAGGUUGCCACCUGUGCAAUAGGUCCAUCCGUGAAAUUUCCUUGCUACUAAAUAUUCUACGCUCAACUGUUAGUGUUAUUAUGUAUAUGGAAUGUCCUGGUAUUAUAAGAAAGUGGAAGCAACUGGGAACAAAAGCAACGUAAAAUGACAGCGUAUGCUGAAGGGCACAGUGAGUGGAAGUCGCCAACUGUCUGCAGAGUCAGUAACUACAGACCUUCAAACUUGGUGUGGCCUUCAGAUUAGCACAACAGCAGUGCAUAGAGAGCUUCAUGGAAUGGGUUUCCAUGGCUGAGCAGCUGCAUCCAAG